GUUACUGACAAAAAGGUAAAAACUGAGAAAAGUUCUAAGGAAAAAAUGAACCGGAAAUGAAAAUUCCGAACACCCAACGGGGAAGCCUAACAACAGCAAAGAGCAUUAGAGCUGAUAGGUAAAUCAUUGAGAUAAGGUCAAUUUGCACCUUUCCAAUCGGCACACACAGACCCAGAUCACAUCUUUUUCCACACGCAAGCUUUUUAUAUACAUACCAAUCAUCAUACUCAUUCACAUUACAAUCCUUCCCAUUUCACCGUGAAAGGAAAGUAUGGAAGCAAAUUCAUAUGCCAACCACCGAAUUGCGAGAAUCGCCGGUCACCUCCUCCCUCCCAAUCCGGAGACAGAUGAUGCUUAUUUGAAGCAUGGCCGUUGCCGUGCCAAAGGUGGUGCCCCUGGAUUCAAAGUGGCCAUUUUGGGUGCCGCAGGUGGCAUAGGACAACCUCUUUCCAUGUUGAUGAAGAUGAACCCACUCGUUUCGGUUCUCCACCUCUAUGAUGUUGUCAACACCCCUGGCGUCACUGCUGAUAUUAGUCACAUGGACACUGGUGCUGUUGUUCGAGGGUUUUUGGGGCAGAAGCAACUUGAGGAUGCACUUAUAGGCGUGGACUUGGUGAUUAUCCCUGCUGGUGUUCCCCGCAAACCUGGAAUGACAAGAGAUGAUCUCUUCAAUAUAAAUGCCGGAAUUGUUAAAACGUUGUGUGAAGGAAUUGCUAAGUGUUGUCCUAAAGCGAUUGUCAACUUGAUAAGCAAUCCGGUUAACUCCACGGUCCCAAUCGCAGCUGAGGUUUUCAAAAGAGCUGGUACUUACGAUCCCAAGAGACUUUUGGGAGUGACGAUGCUUGAUGUUGUUAGAGCCAAUACGUUUGUGGCAGAAGUUCUGGGUAUUGAUCCAAGGGAUGUGGAUGUCCCAGUUGUUGGGGGACACGCUGGAAUAACAAUUUUACCUCUACUUUCUCGGGUUAAACCUCCUUGUUCUUUCACCCCAAAAGAAAUUGAAUACCUGACUGAUCGCAUACAGAAUGGUGGAACUGAAGUUGUUGAGGCCAAAGCUGGUGCUGGUUCUGCAACACUAUCAAUGGCAUAUGCUGCAGUAAAAUUUGCAGAUGCAUGCCUUCAUGCCCUUAGAGGAGAUGCUGGCAUCAUUCAAUGUGCAUAUGUUGAUUCACAGGUGACUGAACUCCCAUUCUUUGCAUCAAAAGUACGACUUGGCCGAGGUGGGAUUGAGGAAAUUCUUCCUCUUGGUCCCCUGAAUGAUUAUGAGAGGGAGGGUUUGGAAAAGGCCAAGAAAGAGUUAGCAGCAAGCGUGGAGAAGGGCAUUUCUUUCAUCAGAAAAUGAGAAGUUAAUGAUUGUAAGACCUGAAAAUAAAUGGUAAGAUUGUUCCGUGUCCGUUGUGAGAUCACAAUUUUUGAAUUAGUUAUUUGAUAUGUAUGAAUCUGUUUAGAACUAUGUAAUAAAAGGAUAGUAUUCUAUGUAUCAUCAAACAAACAAACAAGUAAACGAACGUGUAAUAAUUGCAAUACUGGAUUCCAAUUAUGUGGGAUCAGAGAACAAAAAUUAUGGACCAGACCAGAUCCAAGAGCAACCACUUUUAAUAAACUCUGCCAAUAACGACCAAAAACAAGGAAAUUCUGCCAAACAAAGGGCCUUACGUUUACAACAUGUGGAUUCCGAGGACAAAAGUUUUGGGCUUUUUAUGCAGGGCUUCAUACCAUUAGACUAGAAUAGAUACUUGUGGGCUUUCUCUUGAAAAAAAAAAAAAAAGAUAUUUGUAGGCAUUGUUUUAAAAUUUUAAAUUAGUUGUCAUAAGUUUAUUAUGUUGACUUUAAAUUUAUUUAAAUCAUUUAUUUGUU